AAGCACCACACGACAUGAAUUAAUAUCAUUGAGACAGCAGAAGAAUGGUAUGAAGACUUUGCGACCGUAUAUAUGACCAUUUUAUUCUUGAAAUGCCUUGACUGCAUCGACACCCCCAAGCCUUCCCACCAUGCCUUCCGCAGCGGACGUCGUCCUCCUUUCGUCUACUCCGGAUCAUAAGCCUACUCGCACGCCGCAGCGGGUUUCGCAUCAUUCCGAGACCCAAACUGGACUAUCACUGCAAUUUGAUUCUCCCGCUUCGCUCCCGUCGCCGUCAGAGUUAUUCCGGCAAUUACAUCGUCCCGCGGACGUAACGCCACAAGACACCGAGAAGGAUGCAGCGAGAAAGACGACAGGGAAACGCGCAGCAGAUAAAUCAACAUCAGAUGCGAAAGCAACAGAGAACAAACCAAAGCGGGGGGGAAGGAAGAUAACGGACGAGUUGCAGACGGUUCUCACGCAUGCAGAGCCCGCCGCUCCCAGAUUCAAAGACAAUGCCCCGAAGAAAGCACCGAAGACGAGAACGAAACGGACGAACACCAACACCGAAAAGAAGCGUGAAGGGCCUAAGAACAAGACGUUGACAGGGAGGGUUUCGAAAGCGAGUAGUGCAGAUUCACAGCAGUCUGACACGAAGAAGCCGUCGUCUUCGAAGUCUUCGUCGCAAGGAGGAGCUACAAAGGAUUUGGAUGGUUGGGAGGCUAGUGGGCUACAGUUGGAAGAAGCCACCAUACGGAGACUGGAUUGGACGCCUACCAAAGAUACCGGGAAACAGGUGUUUGAUCUGGAAGGUGAUGGAGACGCAGGAGACAGUCAAGCGUCGGGGGCGGCACAGAACUUCAGCAACCUUUUGGCUGGGUACGGUUUCACUGGGACUGCGUCCUCUCAGCCUAGCAUUCAGGGGAAUGAGGAUGGUGGUGGCCCGACGAAGCGAAGACGAAUAGAUCUAAUGGACUCUCGGAUUCAAGCGGGCCCCAAAUCUAAUACCAAGGACAAAAUCCCCGUCGACAAGGAAAGCCAACAGAAACCCAAGAAGCAAAACAAGAAAUUUACAACACUUACAGCGCGUGUGACAGCACGCUACGCUCCUGGCUAUACAGAAGAUUCGGGAAAUGGAAGCCUAUAUACUGCAGAUGUUCAAGAACACGAAGCUGCCGGCCGCAAGCGAAAGUCCAAGACAAAGACGAAACCGCGAGAGCCAGAGUUCAUCGUCUUGUCGCCGGAAGCUGCCGUCAAGUCCCUAGACAACCAGGAUCUCAUGUUUGGCACCUGCAGUCAGCUGGAGCGGGAAGAUUCACCUACAACAUUGAGAGAUAUGCAAACGGCGAUCAAUGAGUCGGAGAGCUGUAUAGAGCCGAUGCCAAAAUUUGGUACUAGCAGGACUUCGUCUGCAUCUACGGUAUCACGCUUCACAGGCCCGAGGAGUUUAUGGUCUGAAGCCUUUAGAGAUCUGGAUGGUGCUCUGGCUCAAGCAGAAGUCUUGGAUUUGGUUGACGACUGUGAUCUAUCUAAAAUCUCCCCUAGGGUUGAUCGCGAAAGACAUGAUGCUCAACAGCAGGAAACGCCAAAGGUGGUCGAUCAACCAGUUAACACUACGCAUGAAAAAGAAGCCUCUAUACCGGAAGGAAACUCUGACGCGCUCGAGAAUUCGUCACAAUUUGCAGACGCCAAUGCAAGUCAACAAAGUGAAGCUGCUUCCGUGGCAGUAGAGUCGCGUCCCCAAAUGCCGCGGUAUAAUGCGUUCACUGAGGCCGAAUUAUCCAAACAAGUCGCUUCAUAUGGCUUCAAGGCUGUACGGGGUCGUCAGAAGAUGAUCGAUCUGCUGCAGAAAUGCUGGGAGUCGAAGCAUGGCACAAGUGCAACUUCCAAUGGCGAUAAACAGGGCUCCCUUGAUGGUUCUGCUUUGACCAAGCCACCGGAGACCAGCAAGGAUGGGAAAACUACCAAUACCUCUAAUAAGACUUCUGGCUCGAGGCCUAGGUCGAAAGCCAAAUCUACUGCGAAUCCACUGAUAGCGGACGACACAUCAGCUAAACCUCCCGCUAGACGACGCCAAGGCUCUUCUCGUCCAGCAUCGAGGUCAUCGCAGAAAGCAACAGAAAGCCUUCCUUCGCAGCAACAACGAAAUCCGCCUACCCAGCAAAAGCCAUCCUACGCAAACGUGGAAGAAAUCCAAGAUUCCGAGGAUGAAGCAAUCCCUUCACCAAACCAGCUCCUAAGCCGGUACUUCACCCACCCCAAACCAAGCAAUCAACCACUAGCAGUCUCACCAACCCCUUCGCCAACACGCCACGCACCUUCUAAACCUAAAACACUACCCAAAGCGACAACAACGAUAUCUAGAACCCCCGAAGAUGACGAACCUGACCUAGCUAUCCAAAUCACCAAAGCUGUGCGUGCGCAGCCUAAUAUGUACUCGUCCGCUGGCGGCCGCAGAUCUCCUAGUUGGCAUGAGAAGAUCCUUAUGUACGAUCCCAUUGUCCUUGAAGACUUCACGACGUGGUUGAAUAUAGAAGGGCUGGGGCUCGUUUCUGAGGAUCGGGAGGUUGACGCUGUGCUUGUUAGGGAGUGGUGCGAAAGUAAAGGCAUCUGCUGCUGUUAUAGGAACAAGUCUUGGUAGGGUUGUUUUGGGGGGUUGGUCUAUGUAUUGAUUAUUAUUUUUGGCGUUGGAGGGUGGGUUAUGGUUAGGUCCUGAUGGGCCUCCCUUCUUGGUAUAUAUUCGUUUUGUAUAGAUACCCUUUCGUUAUGAACAAUAAGGUUCAAUAAUUACUGUC